AUGUUCCGCACCCUGUAUAUCCUUCUCGCAAUCUACAUUCUGCGCGGAUGUCCAAAAAUUAUGCGUACGUUCUCAGUAUCUUUUUCGCCUGCCAUUUAGUAUAUUAAGAAUAAAUGUCUCAUUUUGAAAUGGUUUGAUAACUAAUUAAAAUACUUUCUUAAGUGGGCCUCAAAGGACUAGAAAAACCUACUCAAGUGAAGGCCUUGCAAAAACAGCGUGAUACACCUCUGUGUGAAAACGAUCCAUUAUGGAAAAUGCUAUACAAACACUGCGUACUUGAAUAACACGUCUGGAGAUCUUCAAGUAGUUGCCUAGAGUUGGUACUCUCUACGAAUUUAGCGUUACGCAUUUGGAGAUGAAGGUGCUGGUUGCUAUGCCGUUAUAUAGAAUCAGUUAUGCAAACUGCGAAAACGCUGAUCGAUGGGAAGUAAAAAGUCAACAGCAUAUUUCUCACGGUUGUGUAAUGGAGAAAAACGUACUCCGUUGAUUUAAAGAAUGUCACUAAACAAUCAUAAUCUACCCCAAAUUUUCCAACAGCAAUUCCCAAGCAGCGACCAAAUGAUAGCUGGCUAAAUCGAAACAGAAAAUCUCGAAAGUAAUGUCGAAAUGCAAAAUCCUAAAAGAUAGAAUAUCACGUUAAACGUAUAACCACAUUAAUAGAUAUUUUUUAUCUAUUACUUCCGAACAGGUGAAUAAGUAAAGGAGCGAAAUCAGCAAGAAAAUAAAACAUCAAUCGCCAAUUAAUUAUGCUAAAUUCGAAGUAUAUGGUAACAUACAGCCCAUCAACAUUCGUUUUAAAAUUAAAUAAAACGUCGCAAAAUCCUACUGUCCUUCAUAUAUAUGCAAAAUACGGAUGUGAGGAAAAAAAUGGGCCACCAGCAAUAAGGGUAAUAUAUUUGCAUAGGAUGUCUGAUUAGGCUGAAUCGGAAGAAAGGCCAGCUGAAUAAAGUCUUUAAAAUACGGAAGGAAGGAGAAUAAAUAAAUGCAGAAAACAAGUGACUGCAGUCGGCGAUAUUGUGAUACGUCAUCAGCUUAGUCGUAUAGAUUCCAGCACACACAGUCUACCUCCGACAACUACGACAUCGUCAGGCGGCCCAGCGGACAAGAAGUAUCUCUUUUGGAAAAUGGUGGGGGAUUCACGGGGUAACAAAAUCGACAGGGUAACCCUCUUAUCGUCGUCCAACAGCAUUGGGUUGGUUGAAACUCAAGCAAGCGUUUCUCUGAGAAUCGUCUAAAUACCCCCACGGCUUUAUUAGUGGGCCCACUGAGGAUGCUGGGUGCAGUUUGCAGAAAGGCCCCGAACUGGAAAGCUCUAAUGCUGUUAAAACCCCAAAAGGACUGACGUCGUCAUCGAGAACUUCUAAAUAUUUAAAGGGCUGGACCCCACCCACUUAAGUGACUACCGCUGAGAGGGAAUUGUUAGGGCCACGCUGACCGAGGCGCGUGAGACGUUGUCAGUUUGUGAGCGCAGCCAUAGCUCGGCGAAGUUUGCUUAAAGACGGCUCAACUCAAGUAUGCUGGGUAGUUAUUCGUUGCCUGUAUGGCUGCAGGCUAGCACGAGCAGUUACAGGGGAUGUCCGCAAGCAAGAUCAACUGCACUGCAGCGAUGUCGUCCUCGAAGGAGUCAGCCACAUGACUUUAACACCGCAGAGUAAAUGACAGCUCAGUGUGCAUUUCUGAAAUCCGCCCUGAAUUCUGCGAAAAAGGUUUUCUAUAAAUGGAAGCAAAUAUGCAAGUCCCAGGUUCUUGUUGAAAAGAACCUGAGCGCACAGUCACCGAGUACGUGUAUUAGUAGGAGCGUUCGGUCCCCUACAGGAGGCCAUCAUCAAAGGCCUUGACAGUGUGACGACAAAUGAGCAGUUAAUAGUUUGCGAUAAGUCUGAGCCCACGUCGUCUCACGGCGGCGGUACUGUGUUCAGGCUUGGCUGACAAUUGGUUCUCGUUUCUUGGCCGCGGGAACGUAACGCGUGACAGCAGUAGGGUAUAUCAACGUGUCUGCUGUUAGACUUGGUGUCAGACACCUAAACCUCCAGGGAUUCGCCCCUUGUCCUAUUGCUGGCUCGCGCCAUUAUCUGCGCACUCACUAGGCAGGAUUCGUGGCCUUCCUCCAGCGUGUGAGUAGCGACCUGAGAUAGUGAGUCGCCUCUCUGGACUUUCCGUUUGUGCUCGUUAUUCGCCAGCUAAUCUGUCUUUCGGUCUAUCCUGUAGAAUGUCGAGGACAGGCCCUCAUGAAAUCUGAUAGUCCACCUCACUGCAUAAUUAUGCAUCAUCAAAAACCGUACUAAUACCCCGGAGGAAUGCUUUGAAAUUAUGACUCUUUACUGAAACCUGCAUUCUGAUGUUCUGACAAAGUUUUCCUUUCCGUUGUCAAACGAAAUAAAAGCACAGAUUAAAUAUUACGAUUAAUAAGGAGGGCAAUUCAGUUAACGGAAAACGCAACUAAAUAUUAACUUAACUCUGCAGUGCGCUAAUUAUGAGUGCUUAAUAUCCUGCUUAGUGGUCAACAUUAUGUCCUGCAAUUAUCGAUUCACGCACGUGAGAUUGACUGAGAAAGUAGAAAAUGAACACUUAUAUUUAUCACAUCUAUAUUUAUUGCGAACAAAUUUAAGACGCUGCUUGUGCGAAAACCACCAUGCAUUCCUAACUGGAUGUAUUCUGAUUUGUAUUUUUUCGCAUAAAAUCGUACGCAAAUAUAGUCAUAUAUUUAAUCAGUGAACACUUGAUUGCACCAACCUAAUUGCAUAUGCCAGUUAUCUCUUAAAUCACGGGUUGACUUUUCAGAUUUUCAUAAGUAAUAUUUUGCUGCUUACAAAGUCAUAACGAUCCUUUAUUUUGGCGUUAAACGUGACACAGUGGACAAUGACAUCUCCAGUUAAAUCGCAUGUAUCUUUUAAAACGAUUCUUCAUCGCACGUCAAGACGGGGACAGUUAGCGCCUACUUAAAGAUCAUUUCGCUUACUUCUUUUCGACAGCAUUAGUCGAUCAGGAUCCAAGCGACAAAUCAGCUUGCACUCUGAAUUCCACCUCCAUUGCCGACUCCCGGAAAGCACUUCACCUGAUGGAAAAGGUCUUCGGAGGCUACGAUAUUUCCCCCGGUGUUAAACUUUUGCGCAGUACGCAGUCCACGGACGGCAUAUAUACUGGCUUCGUCCCAUCCGCGAUCUCAGCCCGUGUUCGAGAGAGCAUAGAAAAGUUCAAAAUAGGUAAACUCCCAUUUUAUCUCGUGCGUGAUCGCACGUACACUAAUACGGGAUGGCCAAAUUUCGGAUCAUUGCUCUCAGAGGUGAUGGCUAAGAAGAGAUUACAGUUUCUUAGCCAUCAAACAACGAAUAAUACAGACGAAACAGGGUAGAGAUGCAUGCCAACUGUUAAAAGCACUUCACAGUUAACGUCAUCCUACAAACUACCAACUGCUGCCCGGUCGAUAGAGCAGUUGCAUGCGUCAGUUUUGAAAGGGUUAAAGGAUCCUCUGUCGGUAUGACGCAUCUAGAUUCUGAUUUAUGCAAACUUACUUUCUCAAUAAAUUGUUAGAUUAUUUCACGUAUCAAUCUGUAGUCAACUUUAAUUACCUAUGAAAUAUUCGGACUUUUCCGCAAACACUCGUGUCGUAGUUAGGCCUACUGAAUUAACCCUGAGGUUUAGUGGCAGAUCUUUGUCCUGAUCGGCAACCAAAGUUCAGUCAAACUGAUUUUAGCUUCUUAAAUUAAUAGAACAUAUGCGAAUGGUCCCUCAUUUGAAAGUGAAUAGAGGAAACUCAUCCUUUCGCGAAUGGCCCUGUCAACUGCCUGCUAAAUGGAAGUGCUUCAUAUAAGCGUCAGCUCGCAAAAUCGUGUUCUUUUUAAAAGUCUCACCUAGCGAAUUAAACGUCUUUAAUAGGACCUUCACGGAGCAGCGUAUGGGAGGGUACGGCACGGCUGGCAGACAACACUUAUCCAAAAUGAAGCUUUGUAAUGAUCGUGCUUCUGAUAGCAUGCAAAUAUGCACAUUCAUCACCAAAGUAGGGGAACCGCUUUCCAGCAACCGACUUGUUAUUGCCAACGCUCGUGGUGAACGGAAAGAUUAUUCCACUCACUCAUUCACCUUAAAUUUGAGGCUACCUCAUCUGUUGGAUCCCCAUCUAUAUGUUAAUUAUGUUUUCAAGUAAGAACAUCAUUUUAUCGGUCCGGGAGUGAUGAGAUCUAUAAAAGGGCUCGCGCAUCUAAUGGUUAAACUAGCACUAAAGACAGAAAUAAACAUGUUCUGCUGAAUUUCCAGUCUGCAACCAGAUUAAUAAUAAAGGUUUGGCAAUGCGAAUUGAUUUACAACAGAUAUGCUAGUGACGCAAACGGAUUUGCUUUUUGAGAAAGCACAGUCCAAACAUCGUCUUUGCAGACGAGAUCUGGCAACGGUGUAUUAGACUGCCAUACAGAAAUCGAACUUACUAAUGUACAAUUAUUGCCUGCUUGACAGGGAAUAACCGUAUUGUAAGUGAACUGAGUUUAGUAAAACACGCUAUUUAUACUUUGACGAAAAAGCAUUCUUUCCUCGCUCGUGAAAUAUAUUUAUUAUACUGACUAUUCCUAGGUACGGAAAAAUUUUUUUCCGAAAAAUGGUUCUCCAUUCUGAUAGCGGUGUCGAUUGCUCUUCCUAUCAUGGUAAGCUUUUACUUUGACUCAGUCGGAAUUAAUAGAUGUAUGCACACUGGAUAGUCAUACAAAUUUUAGCUAUGAUGCUCAAGAUGUUUUUUCUACAGAUCUAAAAUUUCAAUCUACUUAUUUUGAAAAGUAUUUGGUUCAGGCCAUACUUACUGACAGAAGCGCUUUACACCUGCCAUUGCGGAACCUGAACUCCUGGUUUAUUUGAACUUUGACCGAAGAAGACGAUUUUAAAAUUAGGAUGCAUUUUCACUUAAGUAUCCAGUUGGCCAAUAAUGACUCAUCAUUCCUUAGCUACAGUCACAUUCGUAAGGCGUCCAUCACUAUUUAUACCGAUGCCUUUGACAAAGGUUUCCAAGAACCUGACAAAAUAGGUUAUAUUCCGCCGUUUCUUCCGGCGCGAAAUUUUACCGACCAUAUUUUGUUAACAGGGUUUUCUAAGUAAAUGCAUAUCACUACGACAGGCUUUAUCUUUCCGCACAUACUUUUCCACCCUAGCUAGGGUCUUUACUCGCCAAUUGGCCCAUUUAGUGCCCCCACACAUCAUCCAUGUGUUGACGGAAGACAUGGUAGACGAAAGACAGGCCUAGCUGGCACGUUAAUAUGUGUAUUGGGAAUCAUAUAUAUGUUGCGUUCAACUCACUAUAUGCUCCCACAGAGUCAGGACGACUGGGUUUGGGAUUGGCACAAUGACUAGCAAGUAUGAGCAAUCAGUUAGUUACGCAGCAUGCUGCAGACUACACUUGAUACCCUGUUUGCCUGUUAAGAGGGCAAUCGUUGGACCACUUGGGGUGCUGUGGACAUGAUAUGCUGGACAGAUGUACUGCCAGGACGACGAUGUAAAUGGCCUCACGCAGCUUCUUUGAUUCCGAGUUAAGAUUAUCAGACACGUCCUUAGCUAGCUUAAUAGGGAUUCAUGCGCUAGCUAUAGGUCAACAUGCAUUCAGGGAUAUUUCUCAAUACAACAAUACCCCGUGAUACAAUCUCUUUGAUAAAUGCCUUCUAAGCUAUCCGUAACGCUGUUCGAAAGUGCACGUAAAACUACCAAGUUUGGUUAUGCGUCUAAAGUCAGCCAGAAAUAUUUGGAAGCUUACAUGUGUUUGUCUAUUAUUUACAGGUCCCGACGAUGAUUUUAUUGUUCUUCCUCGUUCACAAAUACUAGGAAAUCUAUCCGAGCUGAUGGACCCGUGGACUAUUUAGUCCGUGCAGGCUCUCUCUGCGGGACAAAUUAAGUGCUAUUGUUUCAAUGUCAUUUAUUUCAUUUUGAAUGGCACAAAUGAAUAUAUGGUUUAUGGUGGCACGUGAAUUUGAGUCCACUCAGCUUUCUAAAAUCGUCAAAGUUCCAAAUGAUUGUGUAACUGAUAAGAACAUAAAGUGCGUGACCUAACUCAUGAAAGGUGUCAAAAGUUACGAGUGAAUGCCAAUCGCGCGCAAACCGACAUUAUUAAAUGAGUCUAAUGUCUAUGUUCAUUAGGUACAAAUGUGCAAGAAUAAAAAACAAAAAAACGGUUAAAGGCAAUGUUGAAUUUUUUAGAAAUGCCUAUUUAUUAGAAAAGUGCAAAAUCCCGAAAACGUCAGGAAUGACUAUAAUUUAGUAAACUUCGUUUUCAGAUAUAUUUAAUGCAUUCUAAUACGAAACACAUCAUAAAUAUGAAAAUAAAAAUAAAAUAACUUUUGUUACUAGUUGUUCUAUAAAGUUUACAUCUAAUUAUUUUUAAGAAUAAGCGCGAUUUUUAUAUAUGGCGGUUUUUCAGCAGCCUGCUUUCCCAGUAGAGAUUCCAAAACAGUUUUCCAGGGAUUCGUGAUAUUCUUGACUUGAUUCAAUUCAAUAAGAGAGGGUUCAACAAUUCAAAAGGGAUGAGGACGGCGUAGGAACAAACGUUUUCAUAAGGCGGCAGGCCAAAAGGCCAAUAGAUGUCUAAUAAAUUUAAUAAGAAUUGCCAGGUGUGGUUUUAAACAUACCAUUUUGUUUUUUUAAGUGAACGUUUCUUCAGUUAUUGAAUUUACACUUUUCGUCCGUUUUGGACUACGUUGGGUUUUAGAUCGGCCUUAAAAUCUUGCGGAAUACUUCAUAAUUUUCACCCAUUCGUCCAUAUCAACGGAUUCUAAAUUACCAGUCUGUUAAAAAAUUUAAAAUAAGAUAAUUCUUAAAGGCAUUUACUACAGUAUUGAGUGCUUUCACUUGUGCCUACGACAAUGUGAAGUUCUAUUUUUUUGUUUUAAUUCCUUUUACUUGUUUGCCUGUUCCUGUGGAAACAAGUGGGUAAUUCUAUACAUGUGGGAGUCAUUAGUUUGAUGUGAUAUUUAAACUUUGGAUCUUUCUAUUUUAACCUACCUUUCAAGAUUUCUUCCGUAUUUAGAGAGUCUCAUCUCAAUUCCUCUUCAGUGAACAAAUUGUGGUUGACCUUUUGCUUUCAAUCAACCAGCGUUUUCAUCGCACGCAUAACCGAACCUAUAUAACUGCAUAACAGCCAAAACCUUCAUCGGCAGAGAGCACCUACUCUAGACAACUGCUUGGAGACUUCUAGACGUGUUAUGUAGGCACACUGUCUUUGUCUAGAAUUUCCAAAAUGGUGCGUUUUCACACAUAGAUGUAGCACAGUUCAAAAUAUGACAUGCUGUUUGUUAGAGAACAUGACUAGAGCAAGCUUUCCUAGCAUUGUCUGAUUUCACAGACCAGGAGUUCCAGCACCUCCUUUCUUCUCAGACACUUGUAGUCCCACGACUUCUUGAUAUAUGUGAACUACUGUGCAUGCCUAGAGUUGGUUUUUCUAACCUUUCUUGGAGAAUUAAAAAAUAACUAUAAGUAUUUCUCGAGUUUUAUUAAGAAUGGGUCAUUGAGCGAAUGUUUGUACAACGAAAAGCGAAAAACAUCCUGAAAACGUCCGCAUAGAUUUCGACAUUCACGCAGAAUGCAGAUUUCGACAAAGGCUUACAGCGUACGAAACAUUUUGGGCUGAUACUACACUUGGCUGGCGGAAGGAGUCAGGAUAUGUAUACAUAUAUGCAUUUUGAAGACGAUAAGUUCUUUGGGAAAAGUAAGAACUUUAUUAGUAUAUUUUCGAGUCCGGUUCCCCAGAUCGUCGUCAGACUUUUUGGCUCCGAACAAAAACAGUUAACUAUUUAAUCGUGUCGAACAAGGGAAUCUAUGGAUGGCCGAAGCCCGCGCCAAUGCGCGUCAAUGAUUUUCGUCAUCCCCUCGGCAUUGGCUGUGCUCGCUUCCAUUUGUAUGUGCCAUCUAAAUCGAUAAGCCGAUUGAUGCAUGCCUCAUCUGACUGUAUUGCCUCCAGGAAUUCACGGCCUCUCCUUAUGGGACAGGCGCCAACAAUGCGCGUGUUCUCCCAUGCAAAUUGGUGUCCGGUGUCCAGUGUGUGCAUAGCCACUUAGGAUAGAUGAUCUCGUCUCUUCACCGCUAACCGAUGCUCAUGAUGACGGGAUUUUGUAGACAAUAUUUUCCUAUCGAGAUAGCUAACCAUGUCCUUUGGGUGUACAAGCUGUGUACGCAAGGUGGUUGCAGGCUGGUGUACCACUUGUAUCUGAUGUUUUUUCAGCUGUCUUUCGACGAGAUCAGAUGCAUUUUUUAAGUAUGGAAGAGUCUGCCAAGUAAAAGUUUUGGUGUCUGGGUGGCCGUAUUGUUCGAAAUGCCUUUGUGGUACAAAGGUACAACGUCGAGAACAAAGUCACGUGGGUACCCGUUGUGGGAAAAUAAUUUAAAAAGUUUUUUUAAUCUCUGCUUGGUAACUAUAUUCAUCAGGGCAGUGUGUUUUGGCUCGAAUUUCGAGGCUUCUUUGGCAAUUGGCAGGCCGAAAUAAAGGAAUUGAAUUUUUCUGACACCAAUCCAACCCAAAAACUGAUAUGCACACGUGCGGUACGUGAUGACGCUCCCUGGUGAUGACGUAACCUGAACUCUUCUUACACAUUCAUACAUCCCUAGUGAGCAUUUCUACUCUCUAUUAUGCUGAUGGCGAGAAUAAUGUAUUGGACUAUGGAGGCGACACGCGCACGGUGGAUUAACGAAUGCGUGACAUCUGUUUUUAUUUACAUGCUGAAAAAAUCGAGUCCAUAUACCUAAUCGCGUUCAAUAUAUGAAAAAUUCAAAAAGUGGGAGGGCGAGAUCAAUGACUAGCUUAUACUUAUCCCAACGUUUCGGAAACAUCCUCUGUUCCUUCGUCAGGUUUCUGUGGUCGAUGCUUCUGCUGGUCCCGAGAUAUUUUGUUGUCGUCCACCGUGCAUUUUGUCCGUGAUCUAGGCAUGAUGCGUGAUCUGCCUGUUUGUUACCGACAAGCUUUGUGUGUAAUUCAGCUCAUGAAAGGCAAUAACACGAACAGAUAUGAUAGUACUAGUCUUCAUAAACGCCGCACUUUACCAUCAAUCGCACAGCAUCUUUUGAUAGAAGUCAGUCUUGUGUGGAAAUAAUUUAUGUAAGCAAAAUAAUCAGGCAAAAUGUUUACAAAUUGAAUUGGAAAUAAAACGCGUUCUACGCUUGUGCGAUGUUCGCCGUUCGUGAUAGACUUCAAACAGUAACAGCGCAGAUGACACAAUUUGACAUAACAGAAUCAGUUGGCCGUUUAUAAUUAUAAAUGUUAAUUUUUUUAUCAAUUCAAGGGCUCAAGUAAUGCUAACCUUUAAAAAGUGGGUAAAAGAAAAAAGCUUUUAGAUAAUUAAAAACGCAGCUUUAUGUCAUUUCUCAAAUAAGGCGAAUCACUAUGAAAAGUCCACUUUACAAAACACGGAUCCCAAAAAUUACUCAAGUUUAAAAAUUGAUAAAAACUCGAAAAUAAGUAAAAUCAAGCAGACUUGGAGGGAAUCGAAAACGUGAAAAUAUACUAAAGGUGGCUUUGCCUUGCCUAGAAAUAACAUUUUAAGAAAAGGAAACUUUAUAAAACGACAAAAAUCGCUGCAACUGAGUAUUUUAAGAAUGUACGGUAAGAUUGCUCGUGUAAAAUCCGUGUUACAAAAGGAGUACAGAUAGAAUAACGUCCGAAAAUCAACUUCUAGCAAGGCUUUUGUUUUACGUGCAAUGUCGAGUGUGAUGGUCGCUCGAGUUUGCCCACAGGGACGUCAGAGUUAUAGAAGAUUUUACAGAGCCACAUGCUGACAGACCGGUUAGUAACUGGUGGAUUUGAGUAAAAUUAUUAGAUGACGUCACAAACAUACAAUUUUGUGUACAUAAAGAGAACUUCCCUUUCGUAAAAAUCUUUCACGUUUUGGCUGGUAGUGGUAAACUCUGAAUUUCGGAUCAACCCUGAAAUAAUAGUGGAUAACUCUCGAUUUUCACUUUCUUAAAUGUGCAGUGUAAAGGGUUGAAAACAUUAUCGUUCCUCGUGGAUUCUUAAAUAUUCUUUACAAUGUUUUGGCCAAAUCAGAAAUCCUGUUGUUGAGGGCAAUGAAACAAACAACCAAAGCCAACAAUGAACACGCUCAAUAUCAACGCCAGAAAUCUGUCUAGUAGAGCAUUAAAUUAAAAAGGAAAUAAUAAGAUAUGCUGAUGAGGUUUAUCUGCGUACUUUACGAGAUACCAAGAAAAAGCCAAAAUGACUGGUGAAAUGAUAGUUUGGUUUUCUACUUUUUCCAAAAAUUCGGGAUGUCUCUGAAUAUUUGACGCCAUUUCAUCAACUGGUAACGUAAAUAUAUUUGCCUCAAAUUGUCUCAGAAUUUACAAUAUCAAAUAUGAAUGUGCAAUGUGCAAUUGUUUCAUCAUUCCAUAAAUAAGUCCCAUCCGGAAAGUAAAAAUGGCCGCGGUACUAGACAUUCCAUGGGGACGUUACAAAAGGCGAUCUUCACGGUCUCGGUAGAGAUAGGAAAGCAAGUGCGCGAAGUUUCAUUUUAUGGUCUAAGGAAAUCUUUGCAAAGAGGAGGCCGACGACCAGAUUCCCAAAGGCCACUCUUAGGACUGUGACGCUUGUAAUUAAGUCAUGCAGCCUUUAAGGUCGGGUAAUGGUCUAAGACACAAAAUGAUUUGUAAAGAUUUUCAAAAGAAACUUGAAGGCGGCAGUCAUGUAAAUUGUCGGUAAUAGAUUGUAUAAACCACGAGUAAUAAAAGUGAAGAAGAGACGAUCUCGAAACCAUAGUUUAUUUUUCUGACGUUUAAUACAAAGGUGUACAACCACAAUUCUGCCUCUGCAACGUCAAAAUAUCCACAUACAGCAGUGGAAUAUAAGAAGCGACUUGUAAAAUGUGAACGUUCUCCGUUUAAUCUGAAAGAACUGUGCUCAUGGACAUUCUUAUUCGAUAGAAGGACAACUAAGUGGAGAUGAUUUAGAAGUGACUACGUGAAGCAAUCAAGGCAAGUGCGCAUGUCCGAUCCAUCCUUCGGCAAGACAAGGCACCAACACCCAGGAAACUCACGAGGAGGGACCGCCAGUACGAUUCAUCGGACACGCUGUUGAUGUCGACAACAGGCUAUUAACAUAAUCCCUACGCCUACCUAACCUGACACCGCGUGAUCUCCCGCCUCUUUCCAUAAGUGAACACACAGUUAAGGAAUAAAGCACUGAGACUCUGAAGGCUCUUGCAUAAAAAUUGCUGCAGCGAUUGUUGCAGGAACCCGAAUACUAACAUGAUAUGUGCCGCAUCACUCCAUGCGCAUACGCUGAAUACUUGUAAUAAUUUCUGAACAUCUUAUGAUCACAAUCCGACAUACGCCUUUGUUUGAUAUUUGUAGAAUAAAAUUAAUUGUGUUCGUAAUAACUCCCAUUGGUUUUACUUCUUUCCAGCUAAGGUUUACUUUCCCGGGGGCAUCUCAACUGAUUUCAAAUUAAUAUGGGCGCCCUGUAGUGAUAAUGGCUUUGAAGCAAACGAAUAAACUCACUUUUCUUUCUAUGUUGCAAAGCUCUUCGCCAUAUUUACUUACUGCUGGGCUGUGGUAUGUGUUUAUAACUGCACAGGGUAGUUGAGUUAUAUGAAUACGAAAAUAUCAUUAAAGCCGCUAACUUUCUGACCACUUUGUUUCUUAAUAGCCCAUUGCCCGAAACUAGACCAUAGAAAAAUGUGCUUAAAAGAUUACAUAGCAAACGUUUGAUAGGUUUUCCGUUGUAGAUUAGAGAACAUUCGCGAAGGGCAGGAAAAUGUCGGAACGUUUUGACGAACGGUACGCUGCAUACUUUAUAACUUCGUCUGACUGCAGCAAAUUAACUCAUUCAGAAAUCAAACUAUGUAGAGAGAAAAUGUCUGAUUGUCUACACAAUGUUGCAUUAACGAUUUUCAAAUUGGUGGACUCGCAUUGAAUACAUGUUGCACUCCUCUCAGCAAAAAACACACGAGUGCGGAAAGUUAGCACAGGUCAGCUGUUAUCAUAUAUGUCUGUGCGAACAUGAGGUUGUGCAGUUGCACGCACAUUCUGAAUGGUAAAAGGCGUUUUUUAGGAUAAACUAGGAAUGUAAUUAAAAUUGCCUACGUGCUGGUUGUCCAAAAUUGGCUGCCUCAGUUUCCGCCAUCCUGUUACACUGAAUUGCACCACUUGACAGUUCGACCAUCGAUUUCGAUGAUGCCCACCGUGUGCCCCACAGCAGGUUGGAGCAGGGACGGUGACUUGCGCAGGGGUUUAUAUUGCCAGUAGACUUGCGCUGCAUCUACCUACACUCUCUCCACCUCCCUCGCCCGAGCCCGGUGUCAAGACAGAGUCAAGAAGACCGGAGACGAGGUAGGCCGCAGGUAGAUGGCUCGGACGGAUCCUCACCUUGGCGUUCCACCACACCCCCUGGUCCACACAACAAUAACCAGGAUUUCAACCAACACAACAGAGAUUUGGAGGCUGGCACGGCCGAAACCGCACCUGGCCGUGCCGCCAACGCCUGGCUCGGAUUCCACACUGUGAUGGGAGUGCCAUAAAGGCCACAUUAAAAAGAAGCCAUUGCAGCCUGACUCUCAGACCGCUUCACGUUAAGGGGGAGGUCCAGUUGGCAACCUUCCAAGCCACGGCUUUUAGCGCACCGUGAUAGCUUCAAGCGCGUCAGAUUGAUUAUAGUGAGGAAAAAGUGCGCUGAGUCGUCGACCUCACUCUCCUUUCCCAUUCCCACACCCCAGCCGCCGUCCGAGCCGGUCGGCAAACUGGAGUGGUGGAUGGGCGCGGUGGCUGCCACGGUCGACUGA